GAUGAUGAUGGGAUGGUGUGCAUGAAGCAAAAGAAGCAGAAGACAAGCAUUAACAAGAAGCAGAAACAGAGGAUAGAUAGUGAGAUAAGGCGAAACAAGAGAAAGAGUUUUGAUCUACUUGUAAAGCUUACUAUACAGAAGUUUAUAAAGCCUACUGAUUUGAAUCACAGGCAUAAUCGAUUGUCAAUAACAUUGGAAUAA